UUUUUCUCUCGGUGUUUUGUUCGGAAAAAAUCCGGAAUUCGGUCGAAAUUUGGUAGGAAUUUAGUUUGAGCUUGCAAAAAUGGAUGUAGCAGAUGCGCAUGUUGGUCAACUGCGAGUGCGAGACGAUGUGGGCGUUCGGUGCCAAAAACUAUUUCUGGAUUUUUUGGAAGAGUUUAAAGAAGACGGAGAGAUAAAAUACAUGAAAACGGUGGAACAAUUAACGAUGCCCGAUCGAUCAACGCUUGAAGUAAGCUUCGACGAUGUUGAAAAGUACAACCAAACUCUGGCCACCGCUAUUAUCGAAGAGUACUAUCGCAUUUUUCCGUUCCUCUGCGCAGCGGUCUCUCAGUUUGUACGAGACCGCACGCCUUUGAAGAAAGAAAAGGAAUGCUAUGUAUCGUUCGUGGAUGUACCCACAAGACACAAAGUUCGUGAGUUAAGCACCUCCAAGAUUGGAACCCUGAUUCGCAUCUCGGGGCAGGUUGUUCGCACCCAUCCCGUGCAUCCAGAGCUGGUAUCCGGAACAUUCGUUUGUUUAGAUUGCCAAACGGAGAUUCGAGAUGUUGAGCAACAGUUCAAAUUCACCAACCCAACCAUCUGCCGUAACCCGGUGUGCUCAAAUCGGCGUCGCUUUAUGCUGGAGAUGGACAAGUCGCUUUUCAUUGACUUUCAGAAGGUUCGAAUACAAGAGACACAAGCUGAACUACCUCGUGGAUGCAUUCCGCGCUCGGUAGAGGUUAUUUUGCGAGCGGAAAUGGUUGAAACCGUCCAAGCUGGAGAUCGGUAUGAUUUCACCGGUACAUUGAUCGUGAUUCCAGACGUUGGGGCUCUGCAGUUACCGGGUGCAAAAGCGGAAAUCGGUUCUCGCCACAAGCAAGGUGACAACGCUGCGGAAGGCGUACGCGGUUUAAAGGCUCUCGGUGUACGAGACUUAAACUACAAAAUGGCCUUUCUGGCAUGCUCAGUGCAAGUUACCUCAUCUCGCUUCGGAGGUACCGAUAUGCCGAUGAGUGAAGUAACGGCGGAGGAUAUGAAAAAGCACAUGACCGAUGCCGAAUGGAACAAGGUGUACGAAAUGUCUCGUGAUACGAAGCUGUAUCAAAACCUCAUCAAUAGUCUGUUUCCCUCGAUCUAUGGCAACGACGAGGUGAAGCGUGGUAUACUCUUGAUGCUGUUUGGAGGUGUUGCCAAAACCACACAAGAGAAGACUACAUUACGAGGCGACUUGAACGUAUGUAUUGUUGGCGAUCCUAGCACGGCAAAGUCACAGUUUCUUAAGCAGGUGGCAGAUUUCUCUCCGAGGGCAGUCUACACCUCAGGAAAAGCCUCAUCGGCAGCUGGUUUGACGGCGGCUGUGGUUAAGGAUGAGGAGAGCUUUGACUUUGUUAUAGAGGCUGGCGCGCUUAUGUUGGCAGAUAAUGGUAUAUGCUGUAUCGAUGAGUUCGAUAAGAUGGAUCCCCACGAUCAAGUAGCUAUUCAUGAAGCUAUGGAACAGCAAACGAUAUCCAUUGCCAAGGCUGGUGUGCGAGCAACACUGAAUGCUCGUACUUCAAUACUGGCGGCUGCAAACCCUAUUGGUGGUCGUUACGAUCGCUCAAAGUCUUUGCAGCAGAACAUUCAGUUGACAGCACCUAUUAUGUCCCGAUUCGAUCUGUUCUUUAUUCUGGUGGAUGAGUGUAAUGAACUUGUGGACUAUGCAAUUGCUAGAAAGAUCGUCGAUUUACAUUCUCACAUUGAGAAUCGUGUUGAACAAGUGUAUUCUCGUGAAGACGUCCUGCGAUACAUAAUGUUUGCUCGUCAGUUCAAACCCGUUAUCACUGCCGAAGCAAUGGAGCUGCUUGUUGAAAAUUAUGGCCACCUUCGCCAACGUGACACUGGCACAGCGGGGAAAAGCACUUGGCGUAUCACUGUCCGUCAACUGGAGAGUAUGAUUCGGUUGAGCGAAGCCAUGGCCAAGCUGGAAUGCAGUGAAGAGGUCACAUUACAACAUGUUAAAGAGGCCUAUCGAUUGUUGAACAAGUCCAUUAUUCGUGUUGAGCAGCCCGAUAUUCACUUAGAUGAUGAGGAGGAAGCAAUGGAGGAUUCGCACGAAUUGCUGGACACACCGGAAAAUGGUUCAGAACGAAUCGAAGGGCCGAACGGUAGCCAGUCAGUGGAUGAAAACGGCCAUAGCAAUCAGGCUAAAAAGAAGCUAACGCUUUCGUUCGAAGAAUAUAAAAAUCUCUCCAAUAUGCUGGUCAUUCACAUGCGCAACGAAGAGAGUCGUUUGGAGUCGGAAGAAGCGGAACUAGAGGGAAUUCGCAAGACGGAGCUGAUCAAUUGGUACCUGGAACAAGUGGCUGAUCAGAUCGAGUCAGAAGAGGAAUUGAUAGAACGAAAAACGCUCAUCGAGAAGGUGGUUGAUCGCCUUAUUUAUCACGAUCAAGUUAUCAUUCCUUUGAAGAUGGCAAAACUUGGAGAAAAACCAACUACUGAUGACGAAGAUCCAUUGCUCGUGGUACAUCCAAACUACAUCGUCGAAAGUUAAUUAAGGUAUUGCAGUUGGUUAUUGAUUCUACUAUGCUUUUUCAAUGAAUUAAUUUUGUGAAUGUCCCAUUUUUUAGUAAAUGUUUUGCAUUAUCUUAUCACCGCAUU